AUGUGCCUUCACAAUGUCAUAUUCAACAAGGAAACUCUCAUUGUUAACCUGGCCGAAAACGCCAACACUGGAGUCGGAUCCUUUGAUAGAGACUUCGCUGUUGAGUUCACUCCGGUCGAAGCCAACAGAAAGAUUACUCUUGUGAUCAGACGUCGCUAUCAGCAGAGUGUUUUCGCGAACGAAGACAAGUUCGACCGCUCUGGGCCAUCCUUUCCCGCAACCGUGGAGCCUGAAUGGCGCAUCAUUAACGCGGGUGCCUCAACCAUGGAAGUCGUCGCUGAGCCAAGCCUCAUGCUCAUGCGCCGCCAAUCAGACCGCGCCGGCCUCUUCAUGCUUGCUCCUCGUGCUGUGCAGACGAACCUACGCUUCCCGCAGGUCUGUGAGUGCUUGUCCAGUCAGCUACCUAAGCAGACACCCGAGGACGUGGCCCGCGCCAACGAAUAUCAACGUCUCUAUCAAGUAGAGGCUGAAAAUCGCUCAAGCCUUAGGAAGGAGGCCCUCCUGACGCUCGAUGCUCGUAUCAAGCAAGUGAAGAUCGAUGCUCAAACUGCCUUCGACGAUUGCAAGCAUCGCUUGGAUCCCGGCUUCGGCGAGAACUUGGACGAGAUAGCGACUCGUCUCAAGGUUGAGAAGGACUUGUCCGUCUUAUCUGACACCCUUAUCCAGCUUGCCAAGGUCCUGAACACCCGUCCGAAGCCGCGCCCAAAGCCUCGUCAGGCCAAGAGGACCGCCUCACCGUUUCCAACGAGCAGUGAGCCGACAAAGUCUACUCGGCCGGUCGCAUCGACUAGCCGGACGGCGACACUUUCUCAACCUGUAGCAUCAAGCAGCAAGACGGCGCUGCUCGCUCAGCCUGUUGCAUCUGGCAGCAAGAUGGCAGCUGAGGUCGUUACUCCACCCGGAUGGACGCGCGUGUGUAAGCCAUGGGUUUCCUGGCUCGUUGACCCUUCGGGCAGGGUCAGAACUUUGCCGGAGGACGGCUAUGGCGCCGACAACAUGGACGUUAUCUCCGAGUCAGAAACAUCUGGCUCAGAGAAGGAGAGCGCCGACGCUAAGAACAGAGCCUCCCCUGAGAAGAUUUCAUCCAAGCUCUCCGACAACGCUCCUACCUAUGGCGAGAACAUCGACGUCGGCAUCUUCUACGAGGCUCCUUCUCCCGAGUUCAAACGUCAGCACCACGGCGUUCGUUGGUGGGAACAAGAUGCCUUCGUUGCAUGGGACAAAUCAUCCGACAAACAGCUCGAGAAGGAUCGCGGAACACUGGGUUACCUCGAAAAGUCGAACGGCGAGCCCCUCACCCACGACGAAUCAAAGCGGCUACGCGACCAAGUCCGCUCCUUUUGGCACGGUCUCGCCGAGCAGAAGAAGUUGUCCCUCAAGUGGGCUCAGACAUCUCUCCAUGGGCUGUACCUUACAGCGAAGUUUCUUCGAGACAACUACGAAGUCUUUCGUCUCUGCGACUACAACUGGAAAGUCGAGCAUUUCUGCACUACGGAGUUCCCGGAGUAUAGGCGGUGGCAUUUAGACGAUGAGGGCAACAGGAAACGCAAGGAGAGUUCUAACGCUACGCCAGUGGAACAGAGCGAGAGUGCGAAGCGCCCGAAGGUGUCACUUCAAGAGCAAAGACAGCGUCAUUCGGCGCUCACCGAGGAGGAGAUGGCCGACCUCUAUUCGAUGGAUCAGACGCCGGCGUGCGAGGCACUACACGGACAUGCUGUUUCCAACGACGCCAAGGCAACCGACCCGGCUUCCCCUCCACCUGCAAGCGUUCCUCAUGCCUCCCCCUUGCCUGCGCCAAUGGCUUCGGGCUCUCCACCUAUCGCAUUGGCUCCCACCCAAUUGCUCGCAAACGUCCCUCAAGGUGUCACUCCCCCUGGUGCUUCUACUGUACAGGCGACGCACGCUGGCUCUCACCACCAAGUUCUUCCACCUCCUACGCCGUCACCCGUGGGCUCAACUGACAUGUCAAGCUACGCCUCGACGGCGCCUGCUCAAGGCGUUGCUCUUCCUGGGGAUUCUACUGUACCAACGAUGCACGCCGAUCCUCAUCCCCAGGUCCUUCCUACGCCGUCGCCCGCGGGCCUUGUUGACAUGUCACGCAAUGCCUCGAUGGCGCCUGCUCAGGGCGUCACUCCGCCUGGGGCUUCUACUGUACCGACAAUGCAUGCCGGCUUUUACCACCAGGUUCAUACAGCUCCGACGCAGUCGCCUGGAGCCCUAGUCGACAUGAUACACAACGCCCCGACUGCGCGUCCCCAACAUCCUAUUGGACCUCCUAUGGGCUCAUUGCUCAGCAGUUCGCCUGGAAUGUAUGUUCCUGCUUUUUCUUACGGAGCUUUAGGGUCCUCUGUGGGGCCAUCUCAGUAUCCAGGAGCAUACGGAGCAUACUACGGAUCUCACCAGCAGGUACUGACGCCUAUGGCUCAUCUGGCUCCUUGCGAGACCCCUCGGGCAAUGUCCAUUGCUCCAAGUUCGACGCCUGCGCCUUCGCAGGCUCCUUGGGCCAGACCAACGCCGGAGAAGCACGUAGGUACAGAUGCAGUCGCAACACCGUCUACUCCGACAGAUGCAGCGCCCAUGGGCCCGCCUCAAGCGCCGACUUCUGCUUCAACAACCGGUUCAGGUACAGGGGCAAGGAACGCUUUGCGCUCUCUUCGCUCGCGCAAUACGGAGACUACUACUAGCGUCCCUAUAAAGAAAGGGUAUCGCCCAGGACCCAAACUCAAUGGCCGGACUCUAGCUGGGUGGAGGUGGACCACUCGUCAAGACCAAAGCAAGGUCGACAAAACCGACUUUGCGAAUUGGUACGAAAAGGUCUUGACGGAGGAGCAGCGUCAGGCGAGUAAAUACGACGAGGAGGUACAAAGACUGAUGAGGGAAGAACCCUCGCGCAGGUCACUCAAGGACGUCGCCAUCGGUGACCUUUACUAGGCUAUUCUUCAAUCGAUCGCCCUCGUGCUCUGGCUCUCUCACUGUCUGGCCCCUCGAAGUGCUUUCCUUGCAGACUCUCGCUCCAUUUGCCUUCACGCGUGUUCUCCUCGUGCUAUCGUUUGCUCUCACUGUGCUCGCUGGACUUAGUCGAUUUCCAUGCCGUGUAUUAUAAUUAGACACGCUUUGUAAAGCAGUGCC